AUGAAGGGUUACACUAAAUUAAUAAUUUUAUUUAUACUAUUCUAUGAAGUUUCAUGUGUAAGUAAAUUUGAUAUAAAUAAAGAAGUACACAUUUACUAAAUAUAUAUUUAAAAUUCUAUUAGAUUGUUCACUACACGGAUACAGUGCCAAAACCGUCACUUACCCAUGAACAUUUAAAUUGGGCUGUAUAUAAUGGGAAUAGUAACACUGGAGUCAAAAAUAAUGGUUUCAAAGAAAAUAAAAGACCUGAACAAAAACCUAUUUCCUCAACAAUUUAUAAUCAACCAACUGACUCAAAAUAUAUAAACGAUGAGGUAAGUUUGAUUCAAAUUUUUAAAUAUUUUUUUUGUAUAAAAUUAAAAAUUUCCUAUUUAUUUUUUUUGUGACUAAAUAUCAUAUUAUAUAUUGUAGACCAUCCGAGAAAUUAAUAUUUUUUCAAACCGUUUUUUACAAAGCAGUAGCCAGUGUCAAAUUAUUUAUUUUUCUGCUUACAGCCUUUCAUUAUUUAGGUGUUGUUUUAUAUAGAGACCAUCAAUUGAGCCUUUUAAAAUUCAAUUUCGAAAUAAUAAACUGCAUGUAUUAUUCAGCACAAUAUUUAUAAUAUAAACUAUAUAAAAUAAUAAAUAUCAAAAUUUAAAAAAAUAAUUAAAUCUAUUUUAUUUAUUCUUAAUGGCUAUUACUUAUUAUGUGUUGUAUUUAUGAUUAAUUAGAUUUUAUGUUUAUAAUAUUAGUUUAUUGAUGAAAUUAAAAAUCAAACAAAAAUAUAUAAAUAUAUAUCUACUAUUUAAUUUAUAUUUACAAGUUUUUUUCUCAUGACAACUUGAAUUACAAAGGACAUUUUAUUUUCGACCAGCGCAUCUGUUUUACUAACUUGAUGUUUUACAAUUAUAAUAAAAUAAAUAAUUUAAUAUCCAUUUUUAUUAUAAAUAUGGAACAAGUGUGUUUUACCAUAACUCACAAAUUUCAGAAUUAAUUUUUUUGAAAAACCAUGUUUUUCGAUGUUGAUUUGUAGUAUUUAAAUUUUUAUCUGGCUAUCAUUAUUAAAUUAUGACAAAAAAACCUUAAAAAGAAAAUUUUCAAGAAAGCAUUUAUGUAUUUAAAUUUUGUAUUUUUCUCAUUUUUGAUACCUAACUCAAAUUACAAACUACUUACUUUUCAAUAUAAUACAUUAAAUUACAUUACAAAAUAAUAUUCUAUUAAUGGUUCUAUGUCAAUGAAGAAAAUAAGGAAUUAUUCAUAGUUAUGUUGUAAAAUUUGUAUACAAUAGAUACAGACAUUUUUAAAUUCUUCAAAAAGUUAUAAGUAUUUUUGAUAAUUCUUGCAUAUAGAUCUUAUACAAAGUUAAUAUUAGUUUCUUAUGUUAUUGAAUUAGUUGAAUAGGUAGUAAUAAAUUACCUUAGUUAUAAUUUAUUAUUAUUAUUUUUCUUAAAAAUACUAAUGACCACUAUUAUUUUAUAUUUAUUUUAGUUGGUGUUAUAUUAAAUUGAAGCACAUCAAUAUGGAAUUCGAUAUUAAAGUUUUAAUCAUUUUUAAUAUCUUAAAAUAAGCUAUAUUAUUACAAUAUAUAUAUUAGAAAAUGUAUUCUAAUAAUAUUAUAGUACUAAAAAUGCAUUAACUCAAAUAUUUAUAGAACUCUGAUUUUGUGCAUUUAUUUUUGUUGUGUAUAAGGUAGUUGAUGUUUUAUUUCUCUCAUUAUUUUACGUAUUUUGACAAAUAGACAUUUUGUACAUACCGUUUUGUUGUCAACAAAAAGUGUAGUCUAUGUAAGUUUUGUCUUUGGAAAUUAUUAAGAUAGCAUAUUUAGUUCCCAGAAGUUAUUAGUCUUAGGACGUUAGAUCCCCCAGGAUUUUAAUCAUAAACUAUAAAACAUUUGGUGGGUAUGGUGUUGUAUACCAUUUAACAAACUUGUUUUUAAGCUAUACACAAUCUACUAGAAAAUAGUAUUGAACUAACAUAUUUAUUUAUCUACUUAAUAAUUACUUAUACUAAUGUGUUAAAUUACAUUUUUAUUUUUAUUUACUUAAACCAGAGUUUUUCAUUAUAUGCUCCCCUUUUAUAAACUUUUUUUGUAUUCAUAGAUGGAUGAAAUGAUUAUCACCACUUUUAACUGUCUUUCAAGUAAAGUGAAGCGCCAUUUAUUUUAUUUAUUUUUAUAAUAAUUUACACAUGUUUAUUUUGUCAUAAAUAAUGCUUCGAUAAAAAUGGACAAUUUUCGAGUUUAUUAUAAAUAAUAAAAAUAAUAUUGACUAAGUUAUAUGAAAAAUUGAAAAACAUUCAAAAGAUAUUGUUACAGCGUUAUGUCAAAGUAACCAAAAUACUAAAAUAACUGAAAUAAAAAUUACAAUUUGCCUUAGGUAUAUUUUAUACAUACACUGUAUUUUAUCUUAUCAUAUUUGUACAUUUAUAUAUUAUAUAAUAACACAUGUAUAAUUUUAUAAAUCUUCAAUUUUGGGCUUUGUUGGUAGAUUUGGUUUUUAAGUUUUUUAAAUCAUCAUUUAUUUAUUUUUAUAUAUUAAUACAUUUUUACAUAAUUUUUAUAUGUUUUAAAAAUUAACUAUUGCAUAGGUAGGUAAUACAAAUUUGAUGUGUACUAGGUAGACAGCCAGGCAGCAAUAUGAGCUGAAUUUAAAUUCUAAAUUUAUAUUAGUAAUUAUAUGCCAGGGUUUUCAAAUAGGUAUAUCAAAAGUUAAACCAACCAAUAAAAUUGUAUUAGUUAUUAAUUUAAAAUUAAUUUGUUUUAUAUUUUGGUUAAUUUUAGAAUAAUGCAGCUUUAUCAUGGAAUGGAGAGAAUUGCCCUCCAAAAGCUACAGGCUUAUUUCCUGUUCAAACAGAUUGUCGACAAUUUUUAAAUUGUUUUAAAGGUCGUGGUUAUGUUCAGUCAUGUGCACCGGGUACUUUAUUUAAUCCGAACAGCUUGGAAUGUGAUUUCCCUGCUAAGGUACAAUGUCGAAAUGGAAAUCCAUCAAAAAUUGAUUCUUCACUCUUCAACAGAAAUCCUGAUCAGAAUUUUGAUUUAAAUGCACAAACUUCUAAUCAAGAUCAUGUGUUCAUUAGUAACACUAAUGAAUAUCAACCUCAACCUAAUAACCAAUACCAACCUCAAUCUAAUAGUCAAUAUCAACCUCAACCUAAUAUUCAAUAUCAACCUCAAUCCAAUACUCAAUAUCAACCUCAAUCCAAUACUCAAUAUCAACCUCAAUCUAAUAACCAAUACCAACCUCAAUCUAAUAACCAAUACCAACCUCAAUCUAAUAAUCAAUAUCAACCUCAAUUUACUAAUCCAUUACCCGGAUCACAAAUUAUUGCUGAAGGACAAAUGUUACUUACGGAUAACUAUUCACAAAACAUUGGUCCAGCAUUGAUUAAUGACUAUAAUUUACAGCCUGCAGGAUCAAAACUAUCCUAUGGUUCUAACAUAGUAACCAAUGUUCAACCAAAUACUGAUGUUCAUCAACAGUAUUUUCCUGCUGAGCAAAAUUAUAAUGUAGCAUCCCAAAAUACACCCAGUGAACAAGUAUUUAAUCCAAGACUGCCAAACAAAUCUGAAUUAGGAAGUACUAACACAAAUUAUCCAGGAACAAUUCAACAAAAGUAUCCAGUCAAGCAAAAUGCUAAUCCUAAUGGAAAAAUAAAUUCAGGACCAAUGACUUAUCCUGUUUUAAAUGUUCAAAAUCCUCAAUUUGUAUUGGAUCAAAAUAAUUACAGACCUCCUAAUAAUUACGGAACAACCAAUAAUAAUGAAGCACCUAAUAAUUAUGUAGUACCCAAUAAUUAUGGAAAUUUUCAAGCAACCCAGGAUACUUAUUCAAUAAAAAAAUUACAAAAUAAUCAACCAAAAGAUAAAAUACGCUUUCCAAUUGUAAAAGAAAAUCCUAGUCUACAAACUGGAUAUAGUAGGAAUCAACCGGUUUCAUCAGAUUCAUCAAACAUUAAUCCAAAUUCUUGGAUUAGAGGACAAAUUAAGGAAAAGCAAAGGACCAAGCAAAAUUUAUAUCCUAAUGGUUACACGAAAAAUGAAGAAUUUCAAGUUUCAAAUAAUCACUUUGAUAUUCCAGAAUCGACCUUUGAUUUAGGUGAUCAAAUACAAAUAGAUAACAAUAAAGAAUCUACUAUUCAUAAUAUUUAUGAUCCAUUAAGUAUUACAAGUCAAAGUAACAUAAAUUACAAACAGCAAUCGUCUUCAUUAAACAGUCAGGGUAAUAAUCCAAAUCCUUCAUCCAGUUAUUCAAACCCCUUAAAGUUUAAUCAACAUGAAGAACCACAAAAUGAAUAUCAAACACCUCAAGAUAAACAAUUUCAAAUAGUAGUUUCUAAUAAUAAUAGAGAACCCUCUUCAUAUUCACUAAAUAUAAAUCCACCAAAAGAAUUGAAUUUUAAUACAGGUUCUCCAGAAAAAAAAUCAUUGAACAAUUAUAAUAAUAUACAAUACUUAAAUCAAAAUCCUAGUAACACAGAUAAAAGUCAAAUUUCUUCAAAAGGAUCACCAGUGUAUGAACCAUCAGUUUCUCCCAAGUGUCCGAAUGGUUUUAAUGGUAUACAACCACAUCCUACGGAUUGCUCAAAAUUUUUAAGUUGUGCUAAUGGCAGAACAUUUGAAAUGGAUUGUGGUCCUGGAACAUUAUUUAAUCCUACUAUAUCUGUUUGUGAUUAUCCAUCUAAUGUGAAAUGCAACCGAAUUAUUGAAAUAACAACUAUAUCAACCGUCACCGAAGAUCUUUCAGAUAUAUCUCAGUCUAUUGAUUUGAGGCAACAAUUUAAUCAUAAUACCGAUCGUAGUAAUUUGAAACGACAAUUUGAUCAUAAUACCAAUAGUAGUAAUUUGAAACGACAAUUUGAUCAUAAUACUAAUAUUAGCGAUUUGGUAACUGAACCAGAAUCUCUUGAAAAUCAAAAUCAAGCAGUAUUAGAAAUAUUACCUACAGAAAAUCGACAGUUCAAAAUCUUAAAAAAUCCAACAUCCAUUGAUUUACCCGAUAACUUUUUACCGAAUACUUCUAUAGCACCAAUACCUCCUAAAGUUAUAAACAAUGGAUUAAAAAGCAGCAUUCCAAUAAAAAUAGAUUUGAAGCCAAAUAAUACUCAGUCAAUUAGGUUACGUGGAAGUCCAAAAAACUUUGAAGGAUUUUUACAAGUUCAAGAAAAGCCUUUUAAAUGGGGUGUAGUUUGUGACACACCCAAUUCUUGGACAAUCAAUAAAGCAGAUAUUGUUUGUAAACAGCUUGGAUUUAAGAGGUACUUAUUAAUAUUUAUUCUUUAUUUUUGAAUUGUUGUAUAGCAAUUAUAUGUUCUAAUAUAAUAUUUAAUUUACAUUUCAAGUUUCAUAAAUCUACCUACUCAUUUUUAUUAAAAAAACUUAUUAUGAUAUAAAAUAUUGUUUAAUUUAAUUAGAGGAGCAGAACAAACAUGGCAAGGUUUAACUGUGGCUACAGAUAAUCCAGCCAGAUUUUUUAGAAAUAUAGGAGUUACCAAAGUUUCUUGCAAUGGCCAAGAGAGUGCAUUCCAUAGAUGCAAACUUGAAAAUGGUAAGCUAAUUUUAAUUAAGUAUCUAUUCAAUUUACAGGAAUACAAAAAUAAUUUUUUUAUGCAAUAUUUAAUAAAUACAUUUUACACUUUUAUGUGAACUAAUAACCAUUAGAUAGAGUAUAUCUAUACUCUUAAAUAUUUAGAAGCAUUGUUUUAAGGUAAAACUAAAAACAGGUAAUUUAAAUAAAAUGUAUUUUUAACAUGGUCAAACUGUUUAGACAUAAUUCAGGCUUAGUGGAUUGUAAUUAUUUUUUUAAACUUUUUAAAGUUUAGAAAAAUCUCUCUGCUCUGGCUGUAGAAACUAGUAACCUGGUAAACAAAUUUGCUGCAGUGUUCUAAUUGCAAUUUGUGAAUUGUUUUAAAUUUUGGCCCACUUAUUUUUCCACAAAUUUAUUUCUGCUUUUAAUUCUAAAUCCAAGCCCUUAAUAUCUUCACAAUAAAAUUUAGCAGAUUCAUAGAAACAUGCCUAGCCUUCUAAAAAUACAUAUAUGUAUUGUGUAUACGUACAGUAUUUUAACCAUGUAGCAACAUGCCAAGAGGUUGCACCCCCUUCUGGAUCCGCGCCUGAUAGAUACCAACACCAAUACACCAUCUAUUGCCGCGAUAUCAAUUGAAGAAUAUCGUAUUCGUAUAUUCGUACUCUUAUUUUUCUCCCUCUUCUUUUUGAGGUUUAUUAGCUACUAGAAUUACGAUCAAAUAUAGUACUUACAUAAACGAGGGAAUCUUUUAUUAUCUUUUCUGUAGGACAUGUACUCCUUUAAAGGUAAUAAUGUAACGACCCCCACCAAAAAAAAAAAUUAUAUUAUAAAUUACAAUAAGUCCAUCUGAUUUACGCUUCCUCUGGGAUUGUACCUGUUUUAAUAUUUUGUAGAAUAAAUAUUUUACACUUCAUUUUCAACACUGCAGUUUACCUUGCACUGCAUUUUUAGUACACUUACGACCUUUUACAUUUACUAAAAGGGUCAGGUACCUAUCUAAUAUAUCUAACGAUAUUGCAGGAUUUUGUUGUUAUUUAUUUUUACUCUGAAAAAAUAUGGUAGUUUCAGUGAAUCUAAGAGCGUUUUAAUAAUAUUAUCAUAUGUAAACACAGUAUGUGUAAAUUAUUAUAUUUGAUGCGUGACUUGGGGGUUAACUGUAAGUGAAAUUGAAACGUUAUAAUUUGAAAAUAAAACAUAUAAUUUCUAUUUCGAUUUGUUAUGUUAUAAUAAAAACUCAUUGUUUUACAUGUAAACAAUUUAAAACCCAUUAUACAUAAUACAAAGUGUCUCACGAAAAUAUAAUUAGGUAACCAUUGCAAUAUCUUCGGAGAUAAUAAAUAUAAUUAAAAUAAAUUAAAUUAUGUUUUUUUCAUAUUACUCACUGGAAUGAGAACUACAAAUAUUUAUAUUUGAAUGCAAUUUGUGUGUUUUGGUAAAAAAAUUAUUUUAUUUUAUUAUUUUAAACAAAUUUGAAGAUUACCAUUUCAUAGAGUUUAUUCUUCAGAAAAUGUUGAUCUUUUAACUUUUCAUAUUCAUUAAAUUUGUGAUGUUUAAAAUUUUUAAGUUCAGAGAAAAAAAAAAUGAUAACUAACCUAUAAAUGGGCCACUGUUGUAAGUGGGAAGUUGGAAAUGUAGGAUAAAAAAGGGAAUUUAUAAUUAAAAUCAGUGCACAACGAUAAACCACUACUAACUAAAAAUAAUUCGGAGAAAAAUUCUCUUUUAUACAUUUACCUAUGUAAAUUUUUCCGUUUCUCUAAAUUAUUAUGAAAAUCACUUGGAAACUCAGAAAAUGACCUCCCUAAAGUACCAUCCAGAUAAAAAAUUUCUUUUGAAAAUCGAAGCAAGCUUUUGAGUAGAGAAGUUGUCACAAUUAAUUAAAAUAAAUAAACAUUAUUGUAAAAUCAAUAGAUUACUUGCUACGCUCCUAAUCUAAAAUUUAGUUUAAUCUAGUAUUUUUUUAUAAGAAUUUUAAUAUCAAAUUUUGACUGAAGUCGUAAAUAUUACGAUGGUCUUAUAUAGUAUUAUAUGGUCUUUCAAAAUAUGUAUAACUAAACUUCGCUCCAAAUCGUUUUUCAUUAGCAACGGUUCAUUACAGAUUUAAAUUGUUACCUUUUAUAUCCUAUCUUACCAAUUUCUCACCUACAACAGUGGCUCACCCGUGAUACAAAGUAUAUCUGUCUUCUUAUUUUUAUCACAAAACUCGAAUUAGUACAUUAAUCAUAACGCCAUAUAGGUUACUAGUAACUCUAUACAAUUGUAAAUAUUCUUUAAUUUUCAAAAUAUAUUUUAGACAAAUUGCAUUCAUCAAAAUAAAAUUAAUGUAAAUAGUUUCAAAUAUUCAAACAAUUUUACAUUGGAAAUAUUUCUUUUUCUUUUUGAUAGUAAUUUCCAAUUAGCUGUUAUAUUCUUAUGAGUUAUGUUUUAUUAAAUUAUAGAUAAAAGUUGCAAUGUAGAAAAAGAUGCUGUUUGGAUAAAAUGUCGUGCAAAUUCAGUUUCUGAAUGUCAACCAGGAGAAAUAUCAUAUGAUGGAAAAUGUUAUAAAUUAUUUGUCCCUACAACAGAAAAACAAGGUAAAACUAUUCAAGAUGUUGGAUACAGUAAAGCUGAAGCAUUAGAACACUGUAUUAGAAGAGGUGGUCAUCUUUUAGAUAUUGACUCGCAAGUAAAGUUACAUUAUAAUUACAAUACCUAUUCCAUUGAAAAUCUUUUUUUAUACUUACAAUACUUACAAUCACAUUUAUUUACUUUAAGUAGGUACAUAAUUUUAAAUGAUUAUCCAUUUUUAACUAGGUACCUACUUUUUAUUACAUUAAAAUAAUAGGUACAAAUUAUUUUAUAGAAAAAAAAUGAUUUUAUAUCUGAGUGGUUAUCCAGACAACAAAUAGAUUUUCCUAUACUCACAUCAGGAGUUGGUGUAUCAUUAUUUCAUAGUCCUAUAUGGAUUUGGGAAGGUACAAAAAAUCCAUUUGUGUACCAAAAUUGGUGGCCAGGUAAUAAAAAUUCAUAAAAUAAUUAGUGUUCAAAGUGUAUUAUAUAUGAUAUAUUUAUAUUCUAAUAGGGUGGGAAUUCAAAAAAACUCUUUCACCUGAUAUCAAUUCCAACCGUGCAUUGUGUAUUGUUUUACAAAAAGCAUUUCCUUGUCCUUCAAACCCAAACGGUACAAAAUUAUGUGAUUCUGAAUACUAUUAUUGGGAAGCAAUUGAUUGUGGAAAAAAGACUGACCAAUUACCUUAUGUUUGUGAAAGAGAUGUUGAUGAUAUUGGUAAUUUUUUAAAUUUAAUUUGAUAUUUAAUUUACCUAUAUUAACUUACACAAAAUAUUUGUUAGGUUGUAUAAUUGGAUCAGGUUCAGAAUACACUGGUUCUGCUAAUACAACUGCCUCUGGCAAUGUCUGUCUAUCAUGGGAAGAUACAAAUGUUUUAACAGCCAUGAAAUAUAGUUUUUCAGAAAACACAAGAACAUCAUUAUUAAAAAAACACAAUAAGUGUAGGAAUCCUAAUGAUUCUCAUUUACAACCAUGGUGUUAUGUACGCACAUCAACAGGAGAAAUACGAAGCGAAUUUUGUGACAUACAAGUUUGUAACUCUGCUACUAAAUUGUUUAAAGGUAGGGUAUACCAUAUACCAAUAACAAUUUUGAAUAUCUUUUAAAAUAUAAAAUCUUAUUUAUGUAAUAUCAUCACAUUUUAGCAAGCCCAUUGAUUGAAGUACACAAAUGUGAUGUUAACUAUUUUGAGUGCCAACCCAAUGAAUGUAUUACUCAAGCUUGGGUUUGUGAUAAUCAAGCUGUAAGUUUAAUUUAUGUUUUUAUCAUUAUUGGAUAAUUUUAAAAGAAAAUAUUCUUAUUUAUAUUUUUUUUUUUUUUUUCAUGAAUAAAAACUAUAGUUAAAAAUAAUGCUCUGGGCCAUUUUAUUUAUAUUAUUACCCACACAGGAGGGCUAUAUUUUAUUUGAACUGUAUUUUUUCAGAAAAAUAUUUUGUCGGAACCGUUCAGUAUAAUUUCAUUAUAAGCACCCCAUAAUUACAUAUUAUUGUCGUUGGGUAAAAAUUAUUUUCCGAUAAAAUAUUAUCAUACUAAUUAUUUUUCAGAAAAAAAAUUUUCAAACCCAAUUUAUGGUAUAUAUAUAGAGUAAUAGAUAAAUACACAUAGAUAAUCAAUAAAUAUUAUAUUAUUAAGUAUUAAAAUAUAUAAAAUUAUAAUUAGAUAAAUAAUUAUUAUUUGUGGCAUAUUUUGUGUAAAUUAAGUUGAUAUAAAGUUAUUGCAUUACACUUUAAAUAGUUUUAUAAUCAUAAUUAUGUUGUACCUAUAUAAAUAGUUAUUAUCUAAUAUUAUAUGUUAUGCCUUAUAUUUGUAUCUACUAUUUUAUAACAAAAUUAAUUUUUACCAUGUCUACUAUGUUUUUAGGAUUGUAGUAAUGGUAUGGAUGAAAAAAAUUGUUCUAAUGUUUUAGACAAAUUUAUUAAAACUCCUGAAGCUUAUUUAAAAAAUCACGAAUUAGAAAUAUUAUUUCUUGUUACUGCCCAUACUUGUGCUAAUCAUUGUAAAGCCAAAGGGUUCAUUUGUCAAUCAUUCUCUUAUAAGUAAAUUUUAUUCAUAUUUUAUGCUAAUUGUUACAUGGAUUAUUCAUAAGUAUUUAUUUUCAGUGGAAUUGAUCAAACAUGUAUAUUGAAUAAAAGAACAAAAAAUGAUAACAACACAAUUUUGGAAUCUGAUAAAGAUUGGGAUUACUAUGAAACUAGUGCUCCCUGCACAGGACAAUUUAUUUGUGAGAAUGGAAAUUGCAUUGAUAAAUCAAAGGUAUAUUUAUAUUUAAACUAGCAACCUGAAGUUUAAGGGACUUUUCCUCUCCAAAUUAUUAAAAAAUAAAGAAAUUAUUACUCUAGCCUCCCAAAACUGAUACUGAAUCUAAUAUUACAGUUUUAUAACAACAAAUUGGUACACAGGUAUAAUACAAGAUCCUUUUCGAUUCUAAGUGAAGUGAAAAAACUUAAUUUGGUUUUACUAAGAUAUUAAUGAUUUUGUCUGUGGGCAACUUUUGUACCAGAUAUCUUGCUUCUAAUUUUAAGUAUAACACCAUUUCUGAAAGAAAAUCUGUGUGAGAAUGUACUUAAGGGAAGUCAUUGUGAUCAACCGAGAAAAAACAUGGGAAAAACUUAAAAAACGUGAAAAUUGGUAUACUAAAUAAAUGUUAUGAAAGAAAAUAUAUAAUGGCUAUUUAAUUAUUUUACCAUUGUAUGAUAUAUAUAUUGUUGACAAACCAUCACUAUCAACUAAACUUCAUUCUGAAUUAUUUUUUUCGUUAGCAAUGGUUUUUCGUUGUUUACAGGUAUACAUUCAAUUACCUAUAACAGUGGCUGAACCUGUCCUUAUUAUCCUAGGAUGUUUACAGUUUAUGUGUUUAUAAUGUCUGUGUUUUUUUUUUUUAAAAUAUGUUAGGAAUGUGAUGGGCAUAACGAUUGUGGAGAUCGUAGUGAUGAAGUAAAAUGCACUGGAGCUAUGAUGGGAUACGAAAUUAGAUUAGCUGGUGGAAAUUCUACCAAUGAAGGACGUGUUGAAGUCAAAGGUAAUAAUUAUUAAUUAAGUUAAUAGGUUUACUUUUUUUUGAUUAAUUAUAAGUUCAUAAUGUUUAGUCCUUGGUGAAUGGGGAGUCAUUUGCGAUGAUAAAUUUGACUUGAGAGAAGCUAAUGUCGUAUGUCGAGAACUUGGAUUCUUGGGUGCUAUUGUUACAAAACCAAAUUCUUAUUUUGGCGUACCAAAUCACACAAGAUUUGUGUUAGAUGAUCUCAAUUGCAAUGGGAAUGAAAGCUCAUUGUAUUCCUGUCAAUUUAAAGAGUGGGAAGUUCAUGACUGUAAUGCUCAAGAGGUAUAAAUUUAAAAAUAAUGUAUUUGUAUCAUAGAAAUAAAUUGAUGUUAAUCAAUUUCUUACAAUUUGGUGUAUUUUAGUCUGUCGGUGUGGUGUGUAGAAAGGCUGGUGGAAAGGUGUGUUCAAAUGAAGAAUUUGAAUGCAAAUCUGGAGAAUGUAUUCCAGCACGCUUCUUGUGCGAUUCGUUUGCAGAUUGUACUGAUGGAUCGGACGAAUCACCUGAACAUUGUAAUGUGAGUGUAACUACUACUACAACAAAAAUCACUACAACUAGAUCAAGUAUUCAAAAAAUACCUCUAAAGAAAAAAGGAUAAUCCCAUACUUAAAUAUUUGUUGUUAUUAUUGUAAUAUUGUUAAGUCAUUUGCCAGGGUUUUAUGUAUUUGUUAAUUGUUUGUAUUAAUUUGUAGACUUGCAAUUAGAAACAAUUUUUAAAUAUAAAUAAUUUAUUUAAAUAUGGUGAUUUUUUUUUAUUUAAACAAAGAACCAAGUUAAAACGCUGGCAUUUGAACUAACAAAGUUUAAUAACACGAUGCCAGCAUUUUAUCAUGGACUUUUUAUCAAUUUAUCAUACAAUUAUGAAAAUUGUACACCUAUCUUUCUAAAUAACUUUACUCAAUUCCUAAUUUCCGUCCUUCAUAUAAUCGGUCCCUCGUUAAAGUGUAUUAUACAAUAUUUAUUUUUGUAUAAAACAGACGCCUUUAGAGAUUCGUUUAGUUGGUGGCAAUGAACGUCGAGCAGGUAUGGAAGGCAGAGUCGAAGUACGUCAAUUCGGAAUAUGGGGUACAGUGUGUGAUGAUGAUUUUAGUACAAACGAGGCACUUGUCAUUUGUAACAGUUUAGGUUUUAAGGGAACAGCAGAAGUGAGAUAAAUGUCUAAUUAUCUAGCGUUUAAGGUUAAUUAAUGUUUAUUUAUCACUACCAACCUAAAAUAUAUUAAAAUAUUCAGUUUAAAAAAGGAGCUGCUUUCGGUCCUGGACAAGGACAAAUUUGGUUAGAUCAAUUACGAUGUGUAGGCAACGAAACCUCUUUGGAUCAUUGUUUACAUGCUGAAUGGGGACACCACAAUUGUAAACACAAUGAAGACGUGUCGGUAAUUUGCCAUUUGGAUAGAAAAAAAGUAAUUUAAAAAUGUGUUUUAAUAUAAAUAGUAUUGUUGGUAGUGUAGCUACUUACUUGAUUAUUAGUUGAGUUUAAAAAACUAUCUUUUAGAUUUUAGUCAAAGAAUAUUAGCCUUACAAGAAAUUUUUUUUAGAUUCUGAGUGGAGCGAGGAAUGUAUUGGUUUUUUUUUAUGUGAACACUUUCUACCAGAAAGCAUACUCUGAUUAUCAUGUAGAGCACCUUUUCUGAAAGGAAUGUUCUCUGGAUGGUACUUUAGAGAGAUCAUUUUUUGAAAUUCUCAUUAAUAUUCGAGAUAAUGAGGAAAACCUGGUUAUUUAGGUAAAAAAAGAUUGAAAGAUUAAAAAUAAGUUUGUCAUUGGCAACCGUUUUUAUUUAUUUAUCGUUACUAUUAAGUUUUUAUUAUUUUAAAUCUUUUUUAAACAAUCCUUGUUGUCAUUGAAAAGCACAUUGUUUUAAUCAUUUUACCAUAUUAUGAUAUAAUACUAUAUAUUUUAUUGUUGAAAAAGCAACAUUAUCAACUGAACUCGACUCAAAAUCAUUUUUUUCGUUAGCAAUGGUUUAUCAUUGACUACAGAUAACAUUAAAUUCCCGUCUGUAUCUUACCUUCCCAACUUUUCACUUACAACAAUAGCUGCACCCACGUGCGAAGUAUGUCCAUCUUUUUUUAAAUUAACAUAAGUACAGAAUUGAAACGAAUGAAAAUUAAUUUGGUGGAAUUAAAAUUGAAAAAGGAUAAUAGUCAAGGUAUUUAAGGUAGGUAUAAUAGGGUAUACUCGGAAUUUAGUGAAAAUGAGAUAACUAUUUUAGUGCCCCCCACUCCCCAAACAAAAAAAUUGUAUCAAUUGUACCUGAUAAAUAGUUUCUGAGUAACGGUCGUUUUAAAUUCAACUAAUCCGUACGAAAACCGAUGUUAUCUAGGGAAUAGUCCAACCGUGUUACAGUCCGAUUUUUCUAUAGUAUAGGUUAUUUCCCCGAUUCCGGCAUCUAUCAGUUGGGUAUUUAGACGAACGACUGUGCACGGUAUUUUUACCGUACCCGACUUGUAUUUAUUCAAUCGUUUUCAGACUUACUCGUAGCGUAUGCAUAUUUAGUCGUGGCAAGAUGGACAUAAAUACGUUAAUUAUAUUACAUUGGUAUAGAAAAUAUCGACAACAGCAAAUGAUUUCAAAUCGUAGGUAUUGGGAACAUCCUAAUCUAAGUCAAAGAAAUGUUUUGUACACUUUUAGCAUACUCAUGUGUCAAUUCAGAUCAGAUGAAACUAAAUUUUAUAAUUAUUUUCGUAUGUCAAUACCCAAUUUUGAUGAUCGAUUAAGAAGAAUUGAAAUGAGUUUAAUAAGGCUAGACACAAAUAUAAGAAGGAGCAUAGUGGACAUACCGAAUCGUCUGAAUGCAGUGAAAUACAUCGCUACCACAAACCAAAAUGGUUUUUCCACCGGAUUACCGAACUCGGUUUGCAGUAACAAAUCCGAACGACCUAAUCAACCUAAUCGAUAAUUUUACCGCAUACGAUUCUUGACCGUAUCGUCUGAAUAUACUCAUAUAAAUUACUUUGUCACUGGCCUAUAAGGUAAAGGCUACGGAUACAUUAGAGUCGUAUCCGAUCCGAUUCAACCGACCCGACCAACAUCCUACUCAGCCGAUAUUUGUGGCUACGUUAUUUCCGAUUUCGUAUCAACUUCGUAUUAAACGGUCCGGUCGAAUAAAUAUAGCCACUAUCAAUAAUGUACACAGUUUUAUUUUUUUUCCGACUACUUGGAUUGCCGGAUCGGAUCGGAAACGGUUCUAAUGUAGCCGUAGCCAAAAUAACCGAUAAGACAACGAUCGAUUCGGGAUCUUACGCGAUAACAUCGGUUUUCACACGGAUUAGUAGAAUUUUAAAUUGCUGUUACUUGAAAAUUAUUCAUUGAAUAUAAAUAUGUGAAGAAUAAUCUUUACAGAAAGGCUAUCUUAAAAUUUUCCGAAAAUAAUAAAAUAAAGUUAUUUUUUAAAUUUUUUUGUAAAAAAAAAUAUUAAUAUAAGUAUAAAUAUUUGUAGUCCUCUCCCCUGUGUGUAAUAAAAAAAAAAAAAUAGGAUUUGAUUAUCUUUAUUAUCUCCGGAGAUAUUCAAGAGGUAUAUCUUCGUGGGACAGCCUGUAUAUUCCCUCAUCCUACAUCACCUAGGUUACUAUUGGUCUUAAAUGCUUUUAAUUUAAUUUUAUGAUUUAAACAGUUUACCUUACAAUUAAUACAGCAUCAAAACAGUGACGUAUUUAGGAAUUCUUUCUGAGGUAUAAUGACUAGAAAACCUACAAGAGACAUUUGACUAGUAUCUUAGUAACUCUGUUCCAGGCUUUCCCUUAUUCGCUGUCUUACAUUUACGUUUGGUUAUACAAAAUAUAUUAUCUACUGACUGCUGAGUAAAAAUUCAAUUUCGAUGUUUAUUUUUCUUAAGGGUGUACACAACUUGUUCGUGUUAAAAAAGCAAAAUUUUACUUAUUAAAUUAUGAAUUUAUUUUAUUAUUAAGUAAGUAAUACCUACAUUAUACUAAAAUUAAUUAACAACUAAGACUUUACAGUAUAGGUGUGCCACUUUUGUAGGUAGAAAGUUGGAAAAGAAGUAUACAUAAAGUUGUUUAAUUUAUACCUAUACAAUAUAUGGUAUAAACAUAAACGUGUGCAAACUCUAAAAGAAGAUACUGCCCACAUUUUCUAAUAAUAUAAAUUUUACCGUUGGAUAUUUUGUCUUUGGAUAUUUUGACCAAUUAACGUAUGCAAGGAUUAUACGGGAAAUCGGGACAUGUGGAAGUUUAGGACGAGGGUUGCCAAUCCUAAAUAGUUAGGAUGAAGACGAAGUAGAAGAUAAUAAUAUUAUAUCUAUGCUGUAUACAGACUUCCAACUCAAAAAUCUCGGGGUGAAUUAUUCCAAAUUUUUGAUUUCCCUUUAAAAGUAUAAUUUAAAAUUGACUUUGGUAAUUUAUAUUUAACUACUACAAAAAUAUGGACAAUAUGAUUAAAGCAUUUAGGACUAAUUAUAUAUGCAUUAUAUAUUUCUUUGAUUAUACUUCUUUAAUAUUUAUUUUCUCGUUUUUCUUACGUUUUUUCCGUUUUUUCUCAUAGGAAAAUCAAAAAACUGACCUCUCCAAUUAGAUUUCCUUUCAGAAAAAGUGCUAGUAUUUUAAAUUGGAGGAAAAUUGCUGGUAGAAAAGUUGUUCACAAAAAAAAAAAAUAAUAAACAUCAUUGGAUAAUCAAUACCUAUAUUCUUCGCUCCUUUCAGAAUCUAAAAUAGUUAUUAAUAACUCGUAAACGUCAAAUGUUUUAAAAAUUGUAUCCUGUUUAGAAACGUUUAUAUAAGAGUAUUCUAUGAAAAUUUCACGUUUCUACAAUUAUUUUUAUCUGAAUAACAAAAAGAAAAUAACGUAAAUAUUCCCAUUUUUUCUGGUUAUAUCAAAUUAUAAAGAAAAUCAUUAAGGAAAUUAAAAAAUUAUCUUCCUCAUGCACCAAUUAAACAAAAUUUUUCGGAGCAAGAUUUCUGGUAUAGAAAAGUUGUUCUCAGAAGAAGAAAAAACAAUAAAAUCAUUAAAUUCCUUGCCAUGUUCAGAAAUUCAGAAUAUAUAAAAAAUCUCCGCAGAGAGUUAUAUUACCCGAAUCACCCCAUUGUAAAUACGCUAUUGCAAUAAAAUACCUAAACUGUUUUGGAAAACUAAAAUUUUUUUUAUGGAUAUUUUAUGUGUAAAGACAAACGACUCUUCUCCGGCUACGACGACGACAAUUUCAAUACCGACCAAAAUAUAUCCAAAACAACUGUUGUCCAAUCAGUGUGGAAAACGGUUGGUAACUUCCUCCUAUCUGAGGAAAAUGAUACAACCGAGAAUCGCGUCGGGAUUUAGUACUCAGAGGGGUGAUCAUCCUUGGCAGGUCAGUGAAAUGCAUAAUGGUAUUAAAUAUACGAGUAUACCUAUUAUUCAAUUUGAUUUUUGGCACUUUAAUAUUAUUAUUUUAUUAUAAUUAUCAUUUUAUGAAUACUAAAUUACAAAUUAUAUUUAGGCUAGUAUAAGAUCAAAAACACCGGUCGGUCAAACGGAACACGUAUGCGGAGCGGUAAUAAUAUCUAAAUAUCACGUAUUGACUGCGGCGCAUUGCGUUCGGGAUUUGAUUAAAGAUGUUUACUACGUCAGGAUCGGUGACUUUAACAUGGACGUAAGUAUUGCGCACACAUCAUACAUUAUGCUUAAACUUAAUGGUACAACUUUACUAUAGGUAUAAGUAAAUUAUUUGAUGGUGUUUGAAAAGUGAUGUAGGUAUCAAGUAAUUGAAUUUCUAUCAAAUACAUUGAACGAAGAUGUUUAUUAACUGUAUGUACUAGGUAUAUCUAUAGCCUAUAGGUACCAUAACUGUGACAUGCAAAUAUAUGGGAAUAUAGAUUUAAUUUUUAAAUGUAUUAUAAUUUAGUUUAAAAGCAAACAGCAGUUAUGGAUAAUGGAUACAUACGAAAUAAAAGACUACGGAAUAAAACAUAUUACAUAGGAAUCGUUCAUAUACGAAUAUAGAGGGAGAAAAUUUAGUGGCAUAGCUACCCCUCAAAACUCAUUCAAGUCCAACAAAUCUAGUCCUUAACAAUUAAAUACUAAAUAUUCAUAGUCAAAAUUACGAGGUAUUAGACUCCUCCCUCAAAAUAUAUUUAGUGUAUAUGUGUCUAUAAAAUCCAUGUUAAUGACCCACAUCUUUAAAUUAAUACAAAAAAUAUGGGAAAAAGAAAGAAUUCCUGAAGGUUAGAAUGAAUCACUUAUAUAUCCUAAAUUAAAUAAAGUAGAUCGGAAGGUGGUUAAAAAAUACUGAGGUAUAUCCUUACCGAAUACUGGGUACAAAAUAUUAUCAUUAGUAAUUCUGAACAGGUUGCAAGAGUACUCAGACGGAAUCAUAGGUGACUAUCAAAGUGGAUUUAGGAUAGAUAGAUCAACCACGGCCCACAUAUUUGUUACUAAACAAAUCAUAGAGAAAUAUUACGAAUAUGCUCAAAAUGUACAUAUGACCUUUGUUGAUUAAAAACAAGUCUAUGAUGGCAUUAUACGAGAAAGCUUAUGGCAAACGUUAGCAUACUUGAAAAUACAAAAAAAGUUAAUCACAUUUAUACAAAUAUGCAACACCGAAAUCUAUAGCGGGAUAAAAUUUAAAAUGUAUUAUCACAGACUUUUAAGAUCAAAAAUGGACUACGCCAAGCAGGGGCAAGAAGAGUGGGAAGCAAAUUCCGGCCGGGAGCUUCAAAUUUAUCCAAACCAUCCACCAUUUAACAAUUAAAUCAUCAAAAAAAAAUUUUUUUUAUCUAUACGCAACUUUUCUGUAAGAAAUCUUGUUCCAAUUUUUAAAUGUAGUAUUUUUUCUAAAAGAAAAUCGAUCUGGGAAGGUAUUUUAGGGAGGUCAUAUUUCGAUUUUACCAAGAGUUUUCUCAUUAAAUGUAAAAAACGGAAGAAAACCGGGAAAAUAUAAGAAAUGUAGGAAAGUAGAAAUGUGUACCCACUAUCACUCUAUUGGUGACAUGCAUGGUGUAUCAAAAGCUACUGUUUGUCAUGUAGUAAGAAAUAUGUCAAAAGUUAUAAAUGAGGUACUUUUUGCACAAUUGGUAAAAUGACCCAAUUUAUGGUAACUGUUGUUCAAAGUUUCUAUAGUAUAGCUUUAAUACCCGUAGUUGUCGGUUGUGUUGAUAGAAUUUGAAUUAAAAUUGACGCACCUGUGUUUGGAAAAGCACCAAACUACACAUAUUUAUGCUCCUUAAUGUAUUCAAGGAGUAUUUGAUUUGAUAUUUUGCAUAUUAAAGAAUUUAUAGCUACAAAAUUAAAACCGCUUUCUUAAUAACUAAUAAUUCUUUUUACAAAUUGAUUUUAUAAUACUUAUAUUAUACUAUAAAAUCAAUGCUACAAAUGCGAUUCUUAUUCAAAAUAUCGGAUUGAUAAGUCGAAAUAUUAUCAUACAUUACUUAUCAAACUUGUAAAAAUAAACCAUUGACAUUAUAAUAAGUCUAUGAAAUAAACAGCCGACUUUUAAAACGUUAUUAAUUUAACAAAUCACUUUCCACUGGAUUACAUUUUUAUGAAACAAUGCCUAAUUAGACUUGUCUGUUUUUACAUGUUACUUGUCUUUAUAUUAUAUUAUAUACCUCAUCACUCAUUAAUCAUCAUAAACCACGUCUAUAAUAUACCUACUGUUUAUUAUAAUGAAUUAUUUUAUUCUGUUUAGAUUAAAGAAGAUUCCGAACAAGAUAUUGAUAUCGAUGAAAUAUUCAAUCAUGAACAUUUUGAGGGAGACGUUAAAUUGAAUAACGACAUAUCUGUAAUAAAAUUAAAAACUACAGGUAUUGAAUUCAAUGAUUAUGUACAACCUAUUUGUUUGCCUUCGAAAAACAUCACAUUGAAGUUCAAUAUGAACUGCACUAUUUCCGGAUGGGGAUCUGAUGGUUCUAUUGGUUCUAGUACGUAAAUAGGAAUAAUUACGAUAAAUUUAAAAUAAUGUCUAAAACUUUAAACAUCAUUAUAUAUUAUAGGUUUCGCUAAAACUCUAAGAUCGGCUUCGGUGCCGAUAAUAGACACGAAAAUAUGUAAAGCAGCUUAUGUGUACGGUAAAGCUGGUAUUAGUGAUGGAAUGUUUUGUGCGGGAAGUUUGGACGGAGGAGUCGAUGCUUGUCAAGGUGAUUCCGGUGGUCCUAUGGUUUGCUCUACUGACUUGGGUAAAAAAAUACAUUCAUAUAUAUUGUAUACAUAAUAUCUGUUUUAAUUUAACACACUGAUUUAACGUUUUACACGUAUUUUUGGUUAUUUUCGUCCAUGCAAUUAACUUUAUCCUUACUAUUAAACGUAUUGUAAUCUGUCAAAAUCGGUAUUCGAAAUAGACUGGCGACACUAUUGCGUGGUAUGCAUUUACACGGUAUACCUAGCUACGUUUGCAAUAUAUUUGAUUUUGACCUAUGAUAAUUGUCUGUUAUCGAGGUAUUGGUGAAAAAUAUUGCUGUCCAUGCCAGUAAUAGAAAGAGACCGUUAUAAACAGGUCGAAAUACAUUAAUAUGCCUAUCUUUUUGCCGGGACCUUAGUAUUUUGUCCGUUAAGAGAAGUUUCCAUCAUAUACAGGUGUCCAUUAAUAUAGGUUUCACUGCAUAUAUUUUUUAAAUAAUUACUAAUUAAUAUAGUAGGUCUGUUAUAUAUAACUUUUUUUUUUCCUACUGAUUAAAUAUUAUAAUAGAUUAUAAACCACAGUAAUAUUUACAUUUGUAAAUACUUCAAAAAAUGUUAGAAAAUAAAAGACCAAACCUAAACAAAAGUUUUAACCACCAAAAUUGUCUAAAAAUCUAUUUUAGAAAAUUACUAUUUUUAAUUUUUUUAAAAAUUUAAAUAAAACUUAAAAUUGUUUAUUUUAAGUUCCCCACCUCAUUUUUAUUUUUUAAAUUUAAUUAACUGUAGCGCAGAGGCGUACUAAUUAUUUAAAUAAAAAAUAUAUUAAAAGUAUUGCAUAUUCCAAACUAUUAAAGUAAUUAAUAACAUUUAAAUACGAUGUAUAAAGAUAAAGACACCCACCCUAAUCUUGCAAAACUUUCAGCGGCGAUCACUUCUCAAAUAAGCAUUCGCUAUGUCACUAUAUAGAAUAGGUAAACUUUAUGGUAUUGUAAUUUUGUUUAGGUGAAACGGUUAUGGGCAUAACAAGUUGGGGUCAUGGCUGCGGACAAGAACAUAGUCCAGGAGUUUAUACUAAUGUUCAUUAUUACGGAGAAUGGCUGUUAAAAACACUAUCAAAGUCUAUGGUCGAAUUUCAAAAAGAAAAGUAG